AUGGCUCCAUCGUUAAAUCUCUAUUCUAUUUUAAUCGUAUCACUCAUCUAUCGAACAUCGGCUGCGCCCAUAUCUCCAGCAACUAAGCCCGAUACUACAUGUUCAUCGGCUCAACUUAUUGCACCUGGCCAAGACUCAUUAGUCUAUCAAUAUAAAACAGAAGUCAAACUCUCUGUUGCUAACAGUCAAUAUGAUUUAAAAACUGAGAUUACUGCCAGUGUAGAAAUUAAGAGCUUAGGUGAUUGUAAUUAUGCACUUCAGCUUCGUAACGUAAAAGUAACUGAAACCAAAGACGAAAAUGAAAACAGCGUUACAUCAACAGCAAAUGCUCAACGAGACCUUGAAAAUCUUGUUGUACGUUUUCGAUGGAUCGAUGGUUUUCUUGUUGUAGUUGAAGCGGAUUCGUCGGCUAAAAUCGAUCAUGUCAACUUUGUUAAAGGCGUUCUUAGUACACUUCAAGUCUAUUCACCUGUAGCAACCGAUAGUGAAACUGUGGUCCGCGAAGAAGAUGUACUUGGUGUAUGUACGACUGUAUAUAAAUAUUCCCAAAGAGAUGGUGUGACACAAGUGAAGAAAAGUAAAGAUUUAACAACAUGUUCAAAAGAUAAAUUACAUUUAAGUUCAAGUCCUAUUCUAACUUCAUUACUUGGACCUCUUAUGGAAGAAGUUUUUACGGCUAAAACUCGUUAUAUAUGUCAAACAGAAAUUCGCGAUAAGAAAAUUCAAUCUGUUAAAUGUAAAACAAUCGAAAUGGACGCAGAUGAUACUCGAAAAUCAACUCAGAAAAAUCAAGACGAUGAUGAUAGUGCUGAAGAAGAUUUCAAUGCCAAGUUUGAUAAUAAUGAUGAUGAUGAUGAAAUUUCAUCAAAACUUAUUUCUAUCAAACAAGAAUUAAAAUUGCAACCAAGCGUAUCUGUUUCAGUUGAUGAAAAUGCUGUUAAAAAUCCUGUUCCGCAAACAUUACAAUUUGUUCCAACAGCGUCAUUCGAUCAAUCCAAUGAAGUUGUAUCGACAUUGGUAGCAAAAAUCCAAGGACUUUUAAAAACAGAACACUGGAAUGAAUUUGCUGCUUCACAAUUUGUAGAAAUCACCAAUGAAUUAAGACGUAUGGAUAAAGCAAAUCUUCAAGCAUUCAAAGAUAAAUCGGAACUCAAACAUUUGGUACCAGCAUUUCUCAAUACAGUUUAUUCACACGGUCAAGAUGCGUCAUUAUUGAAUUUUAAUGCCGAUACGUUGACAUUCACUAAUCCAUCAUCAGUCUACUAUUUGGACAACCCGUCAACAGAACUAGUGGAUCAAGUUGUUCAAGGUGCAAGUCGAUUGACUACUCAGCAAGUAGUCGAUUUUGUUGGUGUUGCUGCGAGAAUUCUUAAAACAUACAAAUCUCGACAAGAUAAUAUUAAAGAUGCAGAUAAUAAAAUAAAACAAUUUAAACAAGCUACGUCACGAUUUUUAUUAAACGAAUCCGGUGCUAAAAAUGACACGAAAACAGCUGUACUAUCUGCUUAUGCUCAGUUAGGUUUAUAUGAUGAUCAAGUACUGUCGUUGGCUAUUGAUGAUACAGCACCAUUAGAAGUUCGAUAUCAUGCACUUAAUGCUAUUCGUUAUAUAUCGAGCGUUUAUCUUGAUGAUACAGAACUAUAUAACAUACGACAAACUCUGCGAUUUAGUUUGUUAGGACAACUCGAAAAUAAAACCAAUAAAAAUGCUGUACGAAUAUGGACAUUUCAAGCAUUAUAUUCUCCAUUUAUUUACGAUUCGGAUAUACGUUAUCUGUUUAGUGGAAGUUUAGAAGACAAACUUCAAGAAAUUGUUGAUGAACCACUCAAUCAGGUCAAUGGUUUUAUUUGGUCAGCUCUUAAAUAUUCAUCACUUAAUCCGUUAUGUCCUUUACGUGGUCUUGCUGCACGAAUUCGCGUAAAUCAUAACAACAGAAAACAAUUUUUAGAACAAGCCACAUUAUCUUCGCGACAAAUUCGACUUGAAAUACCGCUUGGUAAAAAUUAUCAAGCCUUCGUCGAUGUUUCUGUUAUAUUUGAAAAUGAUCGAGUUGUACCGUCGUUUCUAAGUAUUAAAUUAGCGUUUGAUGGCGUUCGCCGUGAAACGCUUCGUUUGCCAUGGGUUGAUGUUGCGAUAAUCAGUGAAAAUCUUGAUUGGAAUUUUGCUGACUAUUUCUUACGAUUAGAUCCAUUGAAUAAAAAUCUUAAUGAUGAUGAAAAAAGUCGACUUAAAACUAAUUUACCGUCCAAGUUAAAACAACAUCAAGAUACUUACGAUGCAAAAGAAGAAGAUCCUAAUCCAUCUGUUCAUCUCUAUUUGAGAUUAUUUGGUACGGAUGUACGCGCCAAAGAUAUUACGGACAAAGUGCAAGAUAUUCUCCGUAGUAGUUUACGUAAAUUUAUUGGAAGUCAAAUACUAACACGAUUGAACGAACUCGUCGGCAAAGAUCCUAUCUUUCGUAUACCAUUAGAAAUCGGUGCUGUAUCAGGAACUGCUAAUGGUUUGGCAUUAUAUAAAUCAGCACAAGUUGCCGCACUUCUUGAUUUAACAACUGAGUUACGAAAUACUCAAGAUGACGCUGGCCUAGGAAUAUAUUCAAUGACAAGUCGAUCAGCAUUAAGUUUUUCUUUAACAGUUCAACGUGAAGUAUCAUCGCCAUUGACUACUGUUGGUGAAACAGUGGAAAUCGGUAUUCUAUCUUAUGUUCCAUUUGAAUAUAAAACGGAAGUCAAUAAUCAAGGGCGUACACGUGAAUUUAACCUUCUUAAACCGAAUUCAAAACUUUUUGCAAUGGACUUCCAAUAUGCAACGCGUACAUCACAUGGUUUUGAGCUAGUUCCAAAUAAAAAAACGCCCAGUAUUGAUCCAUCAUGUUCACCGAGUGCCUUUUAUCGUACAUUAGGUGUACGAGCUUGCUUAGAACUUAAUCCCUUCCGUUCAAUUCAAUUCGGCAAACGAAAUUCAUAUCCAAUAACUGUAACGGUCAACAGAGAUCCGUCAAUCAAAAACUGGCGUCUUGGUUGGCGUUUUAAUGCUCAAGAAGCACCACAAUAUGAAGUCAUCAUUGAAAAAGUUGGCACAAAUCAAUCCUAUCCUGGUUUGGGCGUGUCUGCUACAAAAGAUGGCAAUAAAUUCGAUAUUAAGGUUUUAACUGGCAUGAAAUCAUUCAACGUUAAAGGUACACAAACGGGUGAGACAUUUAGCGGUACAGUAUAUUCGAGUGACAACAACGAAGUGAUGACAACAUCGGGAACAUUGGCGAUUAAUAACGAUGGUUUUAAAUUGGAAAGUAAACUUUUUGAUAUUGCAAGCAAAAAAGAAGUCGUCACAUUAACAACUGAUAUUCUACCAAAUCGUGGGCAAGGUCUUACAGCUAAUUUUGGUUUAACAACACCCGAUAAAGCUAAAUCUUUUAAAGUUCAAUUUCUUGGUGAUUUAUAUAAACCGAAUUCAAAAAAAGUUCAUAUCAACGGAGAUUUUAAUCUUGGUGAAACAUCAUAUAAUGGAAAACUAUCGUUCGAACGUGAUAAUGAUCAUACACGUAUUGAAUUACAACGUUUAUUUAAAUUAGGCCAAAGUUCAUCAGCUGCGGGAUACGAAUUUUUUUAUGAACGUAAAACAAAUCAAGAAGCGACUCAAAGCAAUUAUAAUAUUGCAUCCCAUGUUUCAUUACGAACGCCAGCUAGUGAUGUAUCCACGAAAUUAUUCAAUCUCAAAACAGAUUUCACUCGUACCAUUGAUUUAUCGAAUGUAACACUGCAAAGUUCACUUGAUUAUUUACUGGUAACACGUAAUCCACCGGUACAAGAAACAAUCGAAAUCGAUUAUACAAGACGAUCAGCACGAAUAACUAAUCAAGGAAAACGUCUAACAUCACCGGAAGCUAAUUUGAAAGUUCAAGUUAAAACAAAAUCGAAUGUUUUCAAUUUUCUUCUUGAUCAUCGACACCGAAAGAGUUCGGAAUCAUCGAAAAAAGGACCUGCAAUGCUUCCACCAACUCUUGACAUCAACAAUAAGAUUCAUGUUGUUGUCGAUACAGAUAAAUUAUUUCCUGAUAUUCCACACCAAGUUGCGUUUGAUAUAUUAUCUGAUCUUGAUUUUCAAUUACUCAAUGAAGUAAAUUAUAAAUUUCAAUACAAUCUACCUCGCCGUCAACGUUCCGGACUAUUUACAUAUCAUGCACAAGUAGAUAAAGUUACUCAUGGUCAAGUAUUUUCUGGUACAAGUAAAGCUGAAUUACAAUUGGACAACAAGCAAAUACAAGUUACGGGUACGGGUACUUUCGAUGUUUGCCUACGAUCGUAUACAUUGAAAUCCCAUUGGGAUUUUGAUACGAACCUUGUCGAAGAAAAAAACGAUAUGGAACUUUAUUUGAAUCUUCGUUUUGAUAAACAUCCUAAGAAAGAUUCGCCAAAAUCAUUAAUAACUUUUUACGAUGUUAAGUUGAAAGCACCUAAACAUAAAUUAUUUCAAUUAAUUGAUCUUGAUGGCAAUCUAACAAAGCAAUCAGGUAAAUUCGAAACAUGGAAUUCAAUCGCUAUUCGAGCAAAUAAAAAAUUAAAAGAAAUCAAUUUAAACGCUUUUAUGUAUCGUAAUCUCACUGGUGAUAAUACACUGCAAACACAUAUUGGAUUUUCAUUACCAUUUAAAUAUCUACCGUAUGUAACACACGAUUUAAAGAUUGAAAGAAUAAUAAAAACCGGUGAUUUUGGCUUUCUUGAAUCAAGAUUAAUUGCUAAACCAGUUUUUGCACACUAUGCCCGACUGGAUGCAUCUCCUACAGAAAGAGCUCACAUCAGUAUAGAUAAUGAAAUUGAAUAUUUACGUGCUAAUGGAGAUAGUUUAUACGCUCUUUCGAAAAUAUAUAUGUCAGGUGCUCCAGCAUUACACUCAUUCGGUUUAUUGAAACGAAAUUCAGAUUUAUUACAUAAACAUUCAAUUGGUUUUAUUUCUUCAUCGAAAACGAAAAAAGUCGCCGUUUCAUUAGUGAGUCCACAAAUAUCGUCAAAUCCAUUGAGUAUCAUCGGAGAAUUCACCAUGGAUCGAGAAAAUCACAUUGGAAAAAUGAAAUUACCACAGGAAUUCGGAAUUCAUUUCGAAUUCGGUACUCCCAUAUCAAAUUUAACUGCAUUUCGCAUUUUCUACAAUUUGCCACUAUUCAAUAAAAACCAUAGUUCAACAGCUGAUGGAUCCGUUGGAUUUAAAAUUGCUUCACCAAAAAUUGCUCCAAUUAGCUUCUAUCUCCAUUCGAAAGGUUCCCUGAAUACAUCACUUCAUCUAGUCGAAGCUUUACGUAUUGGUAACGAUAUUGCUGCGCAUAGUUCAUUAACUGCUCAAUACAAUCCUCAAUCAGUCAGUCUAGUUAGUACUACAACGAGUACACAAUUUUACGGAAAAAAAUGUCAAAGUUCAUUGUAUGCUCUAUUUAAACAACAUCAAGUUCUUGUACGAGGUCUUCUAAACACCGCUGAUAAUGAAAAUUAUACAUACGAAAUGGAUGUCGGUUUAGAUAACGAUUCACUUACAGGACAUACGGAGCGAACGAACGGACAAGAAACAACUAUUUCAGAUAUUGAUACUAAAAAAUGUACUGCAGCUGGUAAAUAUCAUCGUUGCUAUAAAGGUGAUAUUACCGUUCGAACGGGUACUAGUAGUUCGGAGAAUAAAGGCACAUUUGAUAUAAGUUGGGGUCGUGACGCUGCUAAAUUGGACAUUAAAGUUUCCAAUCAUGUUGAACUUUCAUUUGACCAUGCACAUAUUGGUCGUGUACGUGAUGCUGAUUUUAGUUCGAAAACAAAUAUCGAAGGAAAAAUCUUACAACCGAACAAACGAGGUGCAUUCACUUUUUCAAGUUCAAUUGAAAAAGAAGAUGACAAAUGGAAUGAUGUUAAAAUUCAAACUACAUCAAACGAUAUGACAACAGGACAAAAAUCUUCGGUAUCAGAUAUUCGUUUCAAUCAAAAAAUAACUGAUAAACGUUCGGGGCAAUUUCAACGUAAGUUUAAUGUUAAUGUUGAACGUCAAGGUCUACCUGCUAUUAUUUGGUCAAGUGAUUCGUUCAGUUGUUCAAAUAAUCCAUCAUAUGUUAUCUAUGGCGUGUGUCAAACAACUACGUUUAAUAUCAAAGCAAAUAAUCUAUUAAUACAACAGGUACGACAACGUCUUCAAUUAACCGUUGAUCCACGUUUAUCGAAUCCUCUCGGUCAAGUAACUUAUGAUGGUACAUUAAAUUUAGAUUUAAAACACGAUCCAACAUUAGGUCCGCAUACAGUUAAAUUUGAUUUAAAUCGUUUGAGAGAAGAGGCUAUUGAUCUUGAUCUUUCAUAUCAAAAACGAGUUGAUGAAAAACCGAUGAGUCUGAAUUUGAAAGUAAAUAUUCCACAGCAAAAUCCAAUAUCGAUUAAAUAUGAUGAAACAAUUCGUUCGAAAACAAGUUUUAAUGGUGUUUUGAAAUAUUCAUUUAAUGCAAAUGAUAGUGCAGCUGAAAAAACGUAUACGUGUGAUGUUAACCAACCGUAUGUUGAUAGUUAUUCAAUGAAUUGUCAAGGUGAACGAACAAACUUAACGAUUGAUAUUGGUCCUAAGACUGGAAUAACGAAAUUUAUCGUGGAUUUAAAUCGCUUUACAGGUGAACGUAUUGGAUAUGAAACGGCGUUCAAUUUCAGCACCAGAGAACUUGAAACUACUUAUUAUACACUUGUUACUUCAUGGAUGAUGAAAUAUCGAUUCGGAAAAUUAUCAGAAAUCAUUGCUAAACAAAAAGAUCUAGAAGUCCUACGUAUUACAACUUCAAGAGCUGACUUUGAUGGAUUUAAAAUUCGAUUUUUACCUGCCAAUAUUGAACUUAAACUUGCUUUUGAUCCUAAAUCAAACACCUUUUCACUUAGUGAAACAUAUCCUCAACAACGAGAUUAUGUCAAAAUAACCAUUGAAAUUGAACGAAUUCGUCGCUAUAUGCCAUCGUUACGUAAUGUAAAUCGACCAUCCUACGAUAUCGACGACGAGCCAGCAAAAUCACAAGAGCCAAUAUUUAGAAUUCAAUUGGAUUCUUAUAUUUUAAUUUCAGUAUCGCAAGCUCUUGGCAAAAUAGGUUCACACAAUGGUCUAUUCGGUUUAGAAACAGUUAAGAAAUCAUUUAGAUUACAAAUUGGUAAUGCACCAUUAACAGUUUAUAAUAUUCAACAUUGGAAAACUCAUCUUGAAAAUAUUCAAUUACCAGAAAGUUAUUCAAUUCGAAUUGUUAAUGAUGCAAAUGGAAAUAGUGUACAAUUAGCAACAAAUAAAUGGAAUGAAAAUCGAUUAAUAUCGACGAUUAGUCAUUCAUUUGAUGGUGGUAAAACGCAAACAACUGAUUUGAAAUUAGAUCGAAAUUAUGCAUAUCAAGUUGGUUCAAUUUAUUUUCUUCAUAGUUUAGGUUAUAGAAAUAUUCAAGGAGUUAAACAACUUCGAAACUCUACUCGUCAAUUUAUUUGUGAACAUUUAACAAAAGAUUUAGAUAAAACAAAUCUUGCUGAAUUUAUUCAAGCUUCAGGAAAACGUGUACGAUCCAUUGUGGAAAAAGAUUACGCAGCUCUUAUAGAAAUCUUUACAGCAUGGAGCAAAGAACCCGAAAAUAGUUUCUUGCGAAAACUAACCACUCGUUUCGGUUUACUUGAAUUCUUUACUAAAUAUCCAACAUAUGCUGAGGCAUCUGAUCGUGUCGCUGCUAUUCUUGACGAACGUCAUGUUCAACGUGGAGAGUUCUGGCGUAGCCGUGUAGAAGAUAUUCUUAAUAAUAAUCGUCUUAAAGAUUUAUCGCAGCAAUUUCAAACACGUCGUUCGGAAAUAAUACAAUAUUUGUUGAGUGCAUCGGAAAAAGCUCUUGAUCGUUUCUUACCGAAAAUCGAUCAAAACAAUAUCGAUGAACGUAUAGUGAACUUCGUUCGAAAACUAUUGGCAUCAUUCGAACAAGUUGCAAAACGAAAUUCCGAGCAAUGGAAAGCUAUAUUUAAAGCUAUCGAUGAUGCAAGCAAAGGCGACGAUAAUAAAUGGUUUCGAGUAUUAGUUGCUGAUAUUGAUUCAAAUGCAGUUGCUGCAGCAGCUGAUGCUGAAUUAACAAAAGUAUUUAAAAAAUUAGAUGAUUCAUCGAAAUUAUUGAUUAGUAAUAUACAACAAAUUUCACGACGCAUUAAUCAACGACGAGAAUCUAUUCGAGAACGUGUUCAAAAUGCUAUUCGACAUUUGCCGAAGGCAUCUGUGAAUGAUACAAAUUCUGAAAUCUUAUAUCCAAUCGGACGUCGACCAGGCUCCUAUAGUGAAACAAGUAAAUUAGUACUUUUAAUGGGUACUUUACUUAGAUACAAUAAUCGGGGAGUAUUUACCAUGAAGUGUAUCAUAAAAGAUCGUUUUCAAACACGUGGUGAAACAUUUCAACAUUACUCAAAAGCCGUGCGUACAUUUGCUAAACGUUUAUUUAAACGUAAUUCAUCAUUAACACCAGAAUUCAGUGCUGUCAUUGCAAAUACGGGAGAUACCAUCGAUCUUCAUGGCGAUUAUGUUUAUCUUAAUCCAUCUUGUGAUUAUGUCUUAGCGCACGACUUUGGUGGUUUAAAAUUUUCAUUUCGUUUUAUCUAUGGUAAAGUUUAUUCAGUAUUACCGAAUCUAGCUGAAAUAAAAGAAAAUGAAUGUUCAAAUACGGGUCGCGUUCAACUAUGCAAUCGAGGAUACUAUUCUACUCUUAAUGUGCCGAUGUAUUAUGGUGGCCUUGUUGAUGGUGCACUCGGCGAUGUACGUGAUCGCAGUGGUAAAGGGCACGCAAACCUUAGUCGCUGGUUAGUGCGAGAUUGCCCAGCUGCAACACGUGAUCAAACAAAAGAAAUUGUACCAUCAAUUCCGGAAUGUGCUAGUGACGAUACUGAUGAACAAGAAUUUUGUGAAAAUUUUGUUCAACGAGGCACAAAAAGCGGACUUAGUAUACGGUUAUUAGUUACUCAAGCAAUAGCUGUACGAAAAGACGCGUUAUAA